UACUAAUUGUCAUCUCUGUUGUUUUGUAGGCUGCAAUAAUCCUAGCAAUAGCUAUCCUUGACAAGACAAGCUUCCGGAAACACAAUGAGGACAUGCAGAAGGACUCAGCACCACUUGAUAUCCCACAUUUGGCCUCUGCAAUAAUGAGACAUGUUGCGCAGCUUGUUUCAAAUGCCCAUGCUGUCACACAAAUCACAACUGAUUCCAAAAGUGCAGGCAGUAUGAUCCAGCAUGUGGUUCAAGCUAGAAUUGCUUCUGCCAUUUACCCAACUGCAAGCCUCAUGAAUCACUCAUGUAAACCCAACAUCAUAAACAGUUUCUACAAGGAUAAGCUGGUUAUUCGCACAAUUGAAGACGUUUAGAAUGGCAGCCAGAUAACCAACUGCUAUGGUCCACAUUACUGUCGACAAACGCGCGAAGAGAGACAGCAGUCCUUGAAACAGCAGUACUUCUUUAAGUGUAGGUGUGAGCCAUGUGUCAACCCAGAGUAUAUAC